AUGGCUAAGCGCAACCAGCGACACCUUCACCUAUGCCGUGAGUCUGCCGGUGUGCUGCCUUUAGGUUCACAAUUUGCCAUAUCGAUUGACGGAGCUGUGUUGGAAUCGCCGCUGGGAAAUGUCCUCAUCACACCUUCGCGUUUGGUAGCCGAUCGGGUCGUCGGCGAGUGGUGCCGCCAAAUUGGCAAGUUGACCCGUUUUGAGACAUUGCCAGCGACAUUGUUAUUGGCAGAGACUGUGGACUUCCAUCCGCAGCAACGUGACACGGUUGUUGGAUCCCUUGUUGAUGCUCUCGACUUUGACACCGCAUUGCGCUUUGAUAUGCAGCCGCCUGUGACACUGCCUCCAUUGGAGGGUUUGUCUGCGCUAGACCGCACCAGUUUGGCACAUAUUGUAAAGCUAGAUUUGGACGUUCUGCAAAGCAGCUAUAUCGCGCCUAUCCUGCAUGGUUUUGCAGCUCGCAGGGGUACCAGUGCUUUAAUCACUGCAGGUGACGUCGCUUCCCGAUUGCGGCAGCCUGUUGAUGUAGUGACAGCAGUGCGAGUAGCUCUAUCAGCCUCAUCUGUUGCCGAUUUGGUUGCUAUAUGCAAAAUGCACAAGUGCUUAAGAUCAGUUGUUUUGCCUUUGGAGUUGUGCGAUGGCGCCAUCGACGCCGCACGAGCCAUACGAGCUUCUCGUUUAGAGGAGACGCUGCAAGCUGCGUCUUGGGGCGUGAGUUCCGAAUUCCGUGAGAACGAGACCAGCAUGUUGCAACAGAUAAUCGAGGCUCUGGAGUUCCGCCGUGCCUACGGCGACCCCGCACACUUAACGUCGUAG